AUGGCGGGGCCCGGGGCGGCCACGGCGGCGCUGCUCCCGGCGGUCCUGCUGGCGGUGCUGGCGCCCUGGGCCGGCCGAGGGGGCGCCGCCGCGCCCACCGCGCCCAACGGCACGCUGGGGGCCGCGCUGGAGCGCCGCUGGGAGAGCCUGGUGGCGCGCUCGCUGGCACGCCUGCCCGCGGCCGCGCAGCCCAAGGAAGCGGGCGUCCAGAGCGGCGCGGGCGACUACCUGCUGGGCAUCAAGCGGCUGCGGCGGCUGUACUGCAACGUGGGGAUCGGCUUCCACCUCCAGGUGCUGCCCGACGGCCGCAUCGGCGGCGUGCACGCGGACACCGGGGACAGCCUCCUGGAGCUCUCCCCGGUGGAGCGGGGCGUGGUGAGCAUCUUCGGCGUGGCCAGCCGGUUCUUCGUGGCCAUGAGCAGCAAGGGCAGGCUGUACGGCUCGCCCUUCUUCACUGAUGAGUGCAAAUUCAAGGAGAUACUCCUGCCCAACAAUUACAACGCCUAUGAGUGCUAUAGGUACCCCGGCAUGUUCGUGGCGCUAAGCAAGAACGGGAAGACCAAGAAGGGCAACCGAGUGUCACCCACCAUGAAGGUCACCCACUUCCUCCCCAGGCUGUGACCCCCGGGCCCUGCCUCAGUCUCGGGAAGCCGCUGGGAGGGCAGCGCCAUGGGCAGCCUGGUACAUUUCAC